CCCUACUACUUUAUGACGUAUUUAAUAUCUGUGAUUACAAAACCCAUCUUUUAGAUCCAAUAUUUUCCCCCAAUUUCCAAAUCAAACUCCAACAAAAUGGUGCUCGAGUUCUUGGAGACCCUAAAAACACAGCCUUUAUGGUUAAAUUUCGUGUUUGUGUUAGGUUUUGUAUCUGUCCUCAAGACUUCGACUUCAAUCCUCAGAUGGGUUUAUGUUAAUUUCUUUAGACCUUCGAAGAAUCUCAAGAAAUACGGAUCAUGGGCACUUGUUACUGGCUCCACAGAUGGCAUUGGCAAAGCUUUUGCCUUCGAAUUAGCUAAAAAGGGUAUUAACUUGAUCUUAGUGGGUCGAAACCCUAGUAAACUAGAGGGUGUUUCAUCUGAGAUUAAAUCGAAGUUCGACAAAACCCAAAUCAAAGAAGUUGUUUUCGAUCUCUCUGGUGAUUUAUCCGAAGGAAUCAAGAAGAUUAACGAAGAAAUCGAAGGGUUAGAUGUUGGUAUAUUGAUCAAUAAUGCUGGGGUGUCAUACCCUUACGCUAGGUUCUUCCAUGAAGUUGAUGAUGAAUUAUUAAAUAAUUUGAUUAAAGUCAAUGUUGAAGCGACUACAAAAGUGACACAAGCUGUGUUACCUGGUAUGGUGAAGAGAAAAAGGGGCGCAAUUGUGAAUAUCGGUUCUGGUGCUGCUAUUGUGAUUCCAUCUGAUCCUCUUUAUGCUGUUUAUGCCGCUACUAAAGCGUAUGUCGAUCAGUUUUCGAGGUGUCUUUAUGUGGAAUACAAGAACAGUGGCAUAGAUGUGCAGUGUCAGGUCCCAUUGUAUGUGGCAACAAAGAUGGCAUCCAUCAAGAGAUCUUCGUUCUUUGUGCCAUCAGCAAGUGGAUAUGCAAAGGCAGGGUUAAGGUGGUUAGGGCACGAGCCUCGAUGCACCCCCUACUGGCCACACUCUGUCAUCUGGGCUUUGCUUUACUCCUUGCCUGAGGUUGCUGUUGAUACUUGGCGUUAUAAUUUCUGUCUCAAAAUCCGUAAAAGGGGACAACUUAAGGAUUCCAGGAAGAAAGAGUGAUGCCUAUGAUGAUGAUGAUAUUUGCUCUGUUUUAGCAGUGAUUGCAGUUUCGUUUGUGCAAUUUAGCAUUCGUAGAAUGAUGGUGAAACUUUGAUUCAAGAAGUUUUUGAUAUUUGGAUAAAAUUAUUUUGUAACUUAUAUUGUACCUUUUGUCUUCUUGGUUGAAUCCGGCUAUUUGUUCAA